UUGAUUCCUAUCCUCAAGCCAAGCACAUCUCCAGCCUCGUCACUUGUCCGAGCGAGGCGAAAGAGUACAAGACUGGGUUCCGGAGCCGAAGACGCCGACAUUCGCCCCACGCAAAAAGCCAUAAACUUUGCCCUCCUCUUGCCUCGCCUCGCCCGACCCAUUUCUUCAAUCUCCGGGGAGGAUUGUUCGGCAGCGCAUCGCCGGCGGAGAGCAUGAGGAGAGGUUCGUUUGGUGGCAUGGAAGGAGGAAGCAACAGCAUGUUCAGGACCCUCGGUCGGUCCGUCAUCCGAGCUGGCGUCGGCGGCGGCGGCGGGAGCGGAGUCGGCGGUGGUGGGUUUCAAGAAUCCUUCGCUGCUUCCUCUAAUUCCUCUCCUACUUCUCCUAGGAGUGCCUCUGGGUCUGGCCACAAGCUCGGCUCCAGCCACCUGCUCUCUCUCAACUCGGCUACUUCGCCCUUCUCUCCGUGUAACACCGUCCCGGUAUCCGCCGCUUCUUCUGGCGUGUCCACGUGGCUACCCUUUCCCCCUUCGUCCGAGGUCGAUGAGGACGAGUGGGUGUUCGCCGAUGGGAAUGAAGACCAAAGGAGGAGCCUCCACUUCGAUGAUCUCGUUCUUGGGUCUGUUCCUUCCACCGACGAGGUUAACGGUGCCGUUUCUGCUAUUCAACAGGUAUUUGACUCUGGGCCGUACUCUCAGUAUGUCCGGGACAGAUUCAGUCCAUAUGUGGACAACAAUGUAGAUCAGGUGAAAAACACCUCUAAUUCGCUGCCUCGAGUUUCUUCUUAUGGAUCGGAGAUGGAUUGGAUAGAGCCUGCUUUUCAUCUUUCUAACUCUAGAGCACUGCAACCUCAUGAACAAGUAUACGAUGCUUUCCACUUGCUGCAGAGGGAUCCAUCUGUUCAGAGGAUGGUUAUUUCACUGUCAUCAGAUAAAGCUGUCUGGGAUGCUGUUUUAAAUAAUGAGGCAGUCAAGGAGCUCAGAGAAUCAUGCCAAGCAGCGGAAAUUAGUAGUAUUCCGGAUACAAGCUCAGAUGGUAGCUCUAUUGAUUCCAAUGAAGUGGUCAAUGUGGUGAGAUGGAUGUUUGACAACACCGUAGGAAAAGUCACGGAACUGAUUGAGAAGAUCAAAAAACUCGUCGGUGAGUUGUUCCAGAUGCCUCCAAACAAGGAGGCUGCCUCAUCAGCACCUGCUGACCCCUUUGAGGAAAAGUUAAGAAUGUCGUUUCUGCUAUCCGUCGUGGUCCUUCUGGUCGUGGCUGUGGCUCGAGCUCACAAGGUUUGACCUGACCAUCAUUUGUCGACAUGACUUCUGUAAAUUAACGCAGUGAUUACUCUCCGUCUUCUCAGCAUUUAGCCGUAAUUAUUGAUAACUGCACGAUUUUAGUUUCUUUGUGGUGAGUAAAAACUAUCAGAACGACUGUUGUUUCAUCUGUCAGAUAAAUAAUUAUGCUUGGUGACUUUUGUACGUUCGUCUUUCAAUGUUAGCGAGGUUAAAUA